ACAAGCCAGUGGGGGUAGAAUUACUGUUCUUCAAAAUGACGCAGAUGUUAUUUUAUCUUUUGCUGUUGUCUCUUCCAACAUUAAUAUCAGCACAUUUUGUAAUAACAGAAUCAGAAGACCCUGUGGUUGGGUCUGGGAGUCUUUCAACAAGCCUUCAGCCGUUAAAAGUGUUACUGAAGAAGAAAAGAAGCAUAAGGAGACUGAUAUACGAAGAUCGUGGAAAUGUUGAAGUCUAUAGCUUGAAGAUUGAUUCAAAAGUUACAUCUCGAUUUGCUCACAAUGUCAUAACAAGCCGAGUUAUAAACCGGGCAUCUAGAUCCAGGGAGGCAGUCUUUGAAGUUGAACUGCCCAAGACUGCUUUCAUCACUAACUUUACCAUGACAAUAAAUGGUGUGUUAUACACUGGAGAGGUAAAGAAGAAAGAGACUGCAUGGAAGCAGUAUAGAGAAGCAGUUUCCCGGGGAGAGACAGCAGGUUUGGUAAAAGCAUCAGGAAGGAAAACAGAGACGUUUAAGAUGUCAAUAAACAUUGCACCAACCAAAAAAAUUGUGUUUGAACUAACAUAUGAAGAACUAUUACAACGCAAGUUGGGGAAAUACGAGAUGGUUAUCAAAGUAAAGCCUUUGCAGCUUGUCAAUCAUUUCCAGAUUGAUGCCCAUAUUUUUGAACCAAAGGGUAUUACUUUCCUUAAUGCUCAUGCAACAUUUUUAACGGAACAAUUAGAAAAUGCGUUGAUAAAAAAUAUUACUGAAACAAAGGCACAUGUUUCCUUCAAACCAACCCUGGAACAACAGCGCAAAUGUCCUGAUUGUGGUAAAACAUUGUUGGAUGGAGACUUCAUCUUACAGUAUGAUGUCAAUAGAGACCUGUCUAGUGGUGACAUACAGAUUGUAAAUGGAUAUUUUGUCCAUCAUUUUGCACCUACAAAUCUUCCAAGAGUGCCUAAAAAUGUCGUCUUUCUGAUUGAUCGCAGUUUCUCCAUGCGUGGCCUCAAAUUUAAGCAGACAAAGAUUGCAUUUUUUAGAAUCUUGGGAGAUAUUGAUGCAAAGGAUCAUUUUACUUUGAUUGUUUUUGACUCCACUAUUGAAACAUGGAGAGAUUCCUUUGUUCAGGCAACACCAGAAAAUGUACUGGAAGCAAAAAAAUAUAUCCUCUACUUGCAGCUGGGGGCAGAAACAAAUAUCAAUGAUUCUCUGCUGCUUGCCGUAACUCUUCUGGACACAGCUCACAAGCAAAAGCAAUUGCCUGAAAAAAGUGUGUCCAUGAUAAUUCUCUUAACUGAUGGUGAUCCAAAUGUAGGCGAAAUAGACCCAGCAAAAAUCCGAAUCAAUGUCAAAAAUGCCAUAAAGGACAGGUACAGCUUGUACUGCCUUGGUUUUGGUUUUGAUGUUGAUUACAAUUUUCUGGAGAAAAUAGCGCUGGAUAAUGGUGGCGUGGCCAGAGUUAUUUAUGCUGAUUCAGAUGCAGCCUUACAGCUCCAGGGAUUUUAUGACGAAGUAGCAAAUCCCUUGCUUUUGGAUGUUGAGUUGCUCUAUUUGGAGAAUGCAAUUUCAGAACUAACGGAGGUGAAUUUUAGACAAUAUUAUGGUGGAUCUGAAAUUGUGGUAGCUGGCAAAAUAUCUGACAACAGUCUGGAUGAAUUUGUGGUACAAAUUACAGCACAAACUGUGAACAGUAAUUUAUCUCUUGAAGGCAGAGUCAACGUUUCAGAGGCAGAGACCGUGCUUGAACAUCAGCGAUAUAUUUUUGGUGACUUCACUGAGAGAUUGUGGGCUUACUUGACAAUUCAACAGCUCCUAAAACAAAGAGUUUCAGCAGAGUCAAGAGAAAAUAAAAUACUAACAGACAGAGCCUUGGAACUUUCUCUGAAGUAUAACUUUGUAACACCACUCACAUCAAUGGUUGUGACUAAACCAGAGGAGAACAAAGUGGAUAGAAUCCUCAUGGCUAACAAAGCCUCAAGAAAUGCCAAUCUGCAGUCAGUGCAGCAUGGAAGAUUUUCAUCUAGAUUACAUGGUUCCGAUGCACUACGAAGAUAUACUCCGGGACUACGCAUUGGAUCAACUGACGCAUUCCAAGCAAGAAGUUCAAAUAAUUUUCAUUCACGAGCCUAUCAUCCAGUAACUAGUGCUGAUGGAGAUCCCCAUUUCAUUAUUCCUAUGCAAAAGCAACAUGACGCAGCCUGUUUCAACAUUGCUGGAAAGCCAGGUUUAAUAAUGAAUCUAGUUGAGGAUCCAUUCACAGGCUUGAAAAUAAAUGGAGAAUUAAUAGGAGAUAAGAGACCAGAAAAUAGCCAGAAAAUAACUACCUACUUUGGAACGUUUGGACUUGAAAUCAGAAAAAUCAACUUGAGAAUAUCAGUAACGACUGAAGUGAUCACUAUAUUUUACGAGGAGGACAGGACUAUUAUUCCCUGGUCAGCAACAGCGACCUUAACAUUUGAGAGCUUCUCGAUCUCGAUCGUGAAAGAAAAGAAUCUCACAGUAACGAUGGGAGAGGAUGCAACAUUCGUUAUUGUGCUGCACCGGGUCUGGAAAAAGCACCCCCUACACAGAGACUUUCUGGGAUUUUAUACACUUGACAGCCUCAGGCUCUCCAAUAUGACGCAUGGAUUGCUUGGUCAAUUUUACCAUGACAUUAAAGCUAAAAUAUACAACAUUCACUCUGGAUCAGACCCACAGAAACCAAGUGCAACAAUGCUUGUGAAAGGUCAGACCCUCACAGUAACAAGAGGAUGGCAGAAGGAUUACCGACUGGAUUCAAAUCGGGGUGCCAAUGUCCCUUGCUGGUUUGUGCACAACAAUGGCAAAGGAUUCAUUGAUGGAAUACACACUGACUAUAUUGUGUCCUCUUUAUUUGAUUCAACAACAUCAUAAUGUCUCAAAGUUAAAGUAUGUAUAUGUAUAUUACCUUAAGAUUCAUAUUCAACCAGGUAUUUACAGGAAGAUGAUGUACAAUAGAACUUAAUGAAGAUCUAUAUGUAAACAGAAAAAAAGACUCACUAACAUCAACGUGCAAAAGACAAACUGGAAAUAAAAUAAUAUUGAGAAAAUGAGAUGUAGAGUCCUUGAAAGUGAGUCUGUAGAUUGUAGAAUCAGUUUAGAGUUGUUGUGAAUGAAGUUAUCCACACCAGUUCAGGAGCCUGGUGGUUGUAAGUUAAUAACUGUUCCUGAAGUUUGGAUCUAACCAGCUUAUCAAAUAAAAAUGGUGAAAAUAUGUA